AUGCGCUGCAAGUUGCUGAUGGAGGCAGAUGACCUGACAUGGGGUUAUGAUGAGCGGCCUGGAAAAUCAUUUCCGGUGGCACUGGACCCAGUUCGCUGUCGAUGUCGGGAGUCUUGCGACAAAUUGCUCCAGUGCCACCUGCUCCACAACGUCCUCAGCGGAGUGUUGUCCCGGUCGGAGCCAGCGCCUCGCGGCAUUGAGGAGCUGCUGCGCGUAGGAGAAGGGAUGGCCGGCGUCCUCAAAGGGGAUGGCCCAGAACUGGCGGCGAUGCCCCUCCGGCGUGCUGCCCAGGCUCCAGGGGACAGAUGUGGUGAUUGCCAUCUUCAUUAUUGUGGCCAUGUCUUUGUACCGGCCAGCUUUGUGGUCUUCCUUGUUGCAGAGAAAUCCACGAAGGCCAAACACCUGCAGUUUGUCAGCGGGUGUGACCCUGUCAUCUACUGGCUGGCUAAUUACAUAUGGGACAUGCUGAACUACCUGGUGCCUGCAACAUGUUGUGUGAUUAUUCUGUUUGUGUUUGACCUGCCGGCCUACACAUCACCAACUAACUUCCCUGCAGUCCUCUCUCUCUUUCUUCUGUACGGGUGGUCCAUUACUCCCAUCAUGUACCCAGCAUCCUUCUGGUUCGAGGUGCCCAGUACAGCCUACGUGUUCCUUAUAGUCAUCAACCUCUUCAUAGGCAUCACUGCAACUGUUGCCACCUUCCUGCUCCAGCUCUUUGAACAUGAUAAGGAUCUGAAAAGAAUCAACAGUUACCUAAAGUCCUGUUUCCUGAUCUUCCCCAACUACAACCUGGGACAUGGCCUGAUGGAGAUGGCUUACAAUGAGUACAUCAAUGAAUACUACGCUAAAAUAGGCCAGUUUGACAAGAUGAAGUCUCCAUUUGAGUGGGACAUCGUGACGCGAGGGCUCGUUGCCAUGACAAUCGAAGGCUUUGUUGGCUUCCUCAUCACCAUCCUCUGCCAGUACAACUUCCUCAGAAAGCCGCCGAGGAUGCCUGUCAGUUGCCAGCCAAUAGAUGAUGACGAUGUAGACGUGGCCUGUGAGAGACGGAGAGUGUUACGAGGAGACGCUGACAAUGACAAGCUAAAGAUCGACAACCUCACAAAGGUACACCCUUAG